AUGGUUGAGAAGUCUGAUUCGUAUUGUAAAGCAUGCGUCACUAAGAGAAUCAAGUGUGAUAAAGGUAAGCCACAAUGUAAAAACUGCCAAAACAGAAAUAUUUCUUGUAGGUAUCGUCUAACAUUGAAAUGGGGAGGAAGGCCAUAUAAAAAUAAGAAUAAGAUGAUUAAUAUACCGCAUAAUACGACUAUGAUCAACGGAGUAUUGGUUGCAAAGAGUGGAUUUGUCUCAACCAAGGCGAAAGUGAGGGUUAGGGAAUUUGUGAUUGCAGAGCAUUCCUCUAACUUCAAAAAGUCUUCAACGAGAAGCAGUAACCUUGCGAUGCGGAAAAAAACAGACGUCCAUGUUUCCGAGGAAACAUCGGAUCCUGCUGCGUUAAGUCAAGUUACUUUACUUGUCCACAAGUCGCAAGAAGAAGGAUUUGAAUUAUGUCAUUCUUUUAUACCUCGUUCAAGAAAACUCCUUUGUGAAUCAUGGCAGUAUGCAGAAUCAUUUUGCUAUUUUGUAAAGGAGACCUCUAGGUUUUUUGUGGUUUCUGCAGAUGGUCGGUUCUCAAAUCCAUUCGAAAUCAUCCUCCCGCAAAUGGCCAUGCGUUGUCCUGUUCUACUCAAGCUUUUGGCUGCAUUUGGGAGCAGGCAUAGGAUUUCCUGUUUGCCUUAUGACGAGGAGAGUGAGUAUGUUCCCCUGGACGAGUUGUUCCCCAUAGACGUAAAGGAUAGAGUGCUUGAUAGAGAACUUUUGCGCGAAGGGAUGCGGGAAUUGAUGAAAAGGCUUAUUCAUCCACUAAUGAGAUUUGACGACCUGACCCUUGCGAGUGUUCUUAUACUCGCAAGCUCUUGCAUUUUCUUUGGAGACGAUCAAAUUCGUUGGAGAGCCCACGUCAAUGGUGCAGAACUUAUCAUACACCGCAAAUCGCUUUCAGACUCCAAUCAUGCCUUAAAAGAACUAAGCUAUCAAGUUGGAAGAGAGCCCCAUUUCUUUUUAAGGAGAUGGUUUACAUAUAUUCAAGUGAUGGGUGUUCUAACAUCAGCUAAUUCCUCACCACCCACAAAGGACGUAUACAAUCUCAACUUUUCCUUCACUCUUCCGAAUUCAGAAGAAAAAAAAAGAGCGAUGAUGCAAUUAGAGGACAUUGAAUACACUAGCGGCAUGGAUUUGGUUGUCCUUUCCUUGUUAGCAAGAGUGGCGUAUCUCUUGUCUGAAAAAGUGAAUCUCCAGGACAAUAACUCUUUGGGACCAAUACUGAUACGAGGUAUGGAAUUGGAUUACGAAAUAAUGAAUCAUCUCGAAGUUACGGAAAGAGAAAGGGAUGAUAUGUUAAAAACCAUUCUUGAAGUUACGUCUUCAAAGUGCUCAACUCGUCGUAUGGCAACAUACGCCCUUUUAAGGUCAACAAACAUGAUAUUUGGUCUAACUGGAGUUGUUCUCUUGAGGCGGAGAGUAUUGGGCGUUUCUCCGACUAGUGAAAUGGUGAUAGAUUUGCUUUCAAAAGUAACAAACCUAAUAAGUCAAAGAAUGCCACAACCUUCCUGUCUUUUAUCUUCUAUCUUUUGCUGUGGAUGUGAGUUAAUCGAUCCCUCACUUGUACCAUUUCGUGACGUUUAUAUGAAUCACUUAGAAAAUUUUUCUAGGAGAGGGAUGUCCAGUGCCCUCAAAGCGAAGUCAGUUAUGGAGAGGUGUUGGAGAUCAAAGAAGCCUUGGUGGGAAAUAUUAGAAGAGAUGAAUAUGGAUAUUUGCUUCGCAAUAUAG